AUGGCACUUUCUCCUGGUGCUAAUUGGCAAUUGAGCUACGUUUCUUACAACCAUCUAUCUUCGACUGGGCCCAUUCUUUUUUUCACCGCCAUUUGCAAAGGCGCUGCUUCAACUAUGGCUACCCUUUCCUGGCGUGCCUUUAAGGCUAUAUCUUCUAUUGUUUACCUUUUCCUCAUUAUUGUCACAAUCCCACUAGCCUUUGAUGUUGGUGGAGAAGAUUGUGGCAUUGCCUUCACUGGUACAUUGUCUCUUUUCUAUCUUAUUCUUUCAACUUUACGAAUUUUGGCACGAAAUACAAAAUUUAGAUAUCUCACUUCAACCCUCUAUCAUAUGCAACAAAUCAUCAUUCCUUCUUUGCUGAUUCUUCAUCUCAGUAUUUUUUCACCGCCAACCUCGACAAUUAGCCCCUCUUCUGAAUCACCCGAUGAAAACCUCCCUAUUUCUCUCCUGUCAUCGGUCCCCGCCUUGAAAAUUUGGCUUUUUUUUCUAGAACCGUGGAGAUGGUUUUUAAAAAAUGCCACACCGCUCUUUACAAUCCUUGAGGGCUUUUGCUCUCUUUUAGUCAUUCAAACUGCAGGCAGAGUGUCGACAUGGCUUGUGCGUAAACGCUCGGAUUCAUGGAUCAUACCUCAACUCUUGUUUUCUUCGUGUGUGAUAUCAUCCUCAUUAUACUUUUUAUACCGCAUUUACACUUUCCCAGUUACAAUUUCCCUUGCAAGCGCUACUUUGAUUGGCGUAGUACUCACAAUUUCUGCCUUUUUGGCGCUGUUUGGUAUUGUCAGUGGCCGGGGGAAUUCGGUAGAGUCGUCGCUUUUGGUCUCUUACAUUGUCUAUUGUCUCUACUUUACAUUUACAGACUUUCAAUCUUCUAUUUCCGCCUCAAACUUUUUAUACUUUUUUUCUUCUUCAUCACGCCCGGAUAUUCCUCCACUUCCACCAGUGAUUAUCAAUGGCUACACAAACCUUGUCUCGUCUAUUGCUUCUCUUGUGCCUUCAUCUUUUGAAACAGUUUUCCAUUUUCUCAGGGGCGCAGUUUCAACAGUCACCCCAUCGGUAUUUGUAUCCUUGUCUUACCGUCUUGCCGUCUUUUUUGCCGCAACCAGAAUCAUCCCUGCUGUUCACAAAGUCUCUUCUGCUCCAGUUUCUCGAAGUGCAAGUUACUCUUCCCUCCCCUCUUCACCAAACUUGGGAUCUCCUUCAUCAAUAAACUCAAUCAACCAUGUUUCUGCAAAUAGCAGAAUAAGAAAAAUCAGAAGCCACCAAAACCUUCCUGAUAUCACCAACAUUAACAGCAAUGCUCACAGUGAAAACAAUAGCAGUAAUAGCAGCAAUAGCAGCAAUAGCAGCAAUAACAACAAUAACAACAAUAAUAACAACAAUAGCAUUAAAAAUAACGAGAACAAAUCCACAAGCAUUUAUGAUUCGAAUACUAGUGCAUUCCUGAUCAAACGUGCAGAUCAUAUCGAUGAUGACGAAAAAACAGUCAUUACUGGAAACUUGGAGAAUCCAUUUAAUCCAGUGGUAUUUAGAGAAGACCUAUCACCCUCUUCUACAGCUUCAUCUGCAUCAACAGCCAUUGACAGCUCCGGGAAUAGAGCUGUUGAUCUUUUACACAAUCCAUCGGCCCUUUCAUCAUCAGCCACCAUUUCUUCAUCAGUGUCUUUGGAAAAUGAUCAAAGCAGGCACAAUAGCCGAGAUAACAUUUACGAUGAUGAUAAUAUUAAAGAAAAGUAUUACCCACAACAAUUUAAUGACCACUACAAGUUUAACGAAAAUGGAAUCAAUAACGAAUUUAACGACAAUAAUAAUAACGACAUGAAAAAUACCAAUACUAAUAUUAAUAAUGACUAUUAUGACUACGACAAUAAAAAGGAAGAAAUAGAAUAUAAGGCUGAAGUUGGUGGUGACAGCAAGCCUAGAAGCAACAAGAUGGAUUCCUAUCCCACUGGAAAGAGACCUCCAAAAGCUUCUAGUAGUAGUAGUAGCACCUCGCUUCAGCUCCUUAUACUUGCAUAUGCACCAUGCAUUUUGAUUGCAGUUUACACGCAUCUGCUUAUCCAGCAUUUAGCUAUUUUCAAUACCAUGACGAGCUCGCAAAGUAUUAAUGAAGGCGAUUCAUUUGCUGAGACUCUUGUGGACGCUGGCAGUCGGACAGUUGUUGCAUUUGCGACUACCACGGUUGGCCGUGUGGCUCACAACAUAUUGAGCAAGGAGGCAGCUAUUGCUGGCAGUGAUGCUAUUGCCAUGAGUAUUGGUAAGAGUGCAGUUGAAACUGCAGUUGUUACUGUACUAGAAAAAAUUAGUAGUACUCCACCUUUACAGUCUGAAGAUGGUUCAGAGAAUAUUCAGGCACAUGUUUCAUCAUCCAAAGCAGUAUUACUUAAAAGUGCUGUGCUUUCGAUUUGGGCAUGGUCUCGAUCAUGGGUUAAUACGCCACGCGACUCGUGGCAAUUUUGGGGGUGGAUCAAUAUGUUUUCAACUUUGGCUCUGUAUGCCUUGGAACUUGCUUAUGGUAAGCAAUCUAAUGAAGACAUUAUUGACUAUCACUUAAAGACUGAGUGA